UGGUUGUUAUGUAGUUGUGUAUAUUUGCAGAUAAUACUUUAUUGCUGGAUAGUCAUUUGGGAUUUAGCCGUGUUUCCUUCUCAAAUCUUGUUCAAACCAUUUUGAUUUGGGUUUCCUAAAUUAUAAAUCAAUUUUAACCCCAAGUUAUUUGGCUACUAAGAAUUUUUUUACUCAUCUUUUUGUCACUCUGCAGCCUAUGGUUUCUUCUUUUUCUGCCGAAAUUAAUUUCGUGUUGAUGGGUCAUUUGGUCUACAAUAAGAAUAUUUAUUUGGAAAAAGAGAACCUGUCUCUCCAUCAUAUAUUCCAAAAUCUUUUGAAAGGGGGAUUGCUGGUUAUUGUUAUUAUUUAUUUGGAAAUUUGGUUCAACAGAGUUUUUUUUUUGUCUAACUUCUCUAAUCGAUCUUUAAUUGAUACUUGUAGUUGAUCUCCACUCUUGUUUUAUGGAUCGAUUACUGAUUCAUCAAUCCUACAGUCCUGUAAUUGGCAUAAGCUAGUUUCUUUAAGAGAAGUGCUAGUGCAUGUUUGCUUGUUUGAUUAGGAUCAAAAUCUUGGAUUGAAUUGGAUUGUUAAGUGGUAAGAAAGAAGAAGAGAAAAAAAAUGAGUGAAGGUAGCAAAAAUGGAUUAUCAGCUAUGGAAUCAGAGAAACGUCCUACUCCGCGAUUGAACGAGAGGAUCCUUUCUUCCUUGUCGAGGAGAUCGGUAGCCGCGCACCCAUGGCAUGAUCUCGAUAUAGUAGGACCUGGGGCUCCCUCGGUUGUCAAUUGCGUUGUGGAGAUAGGAAAAGGAAGCAAGGUCAAGUACGAGCUGGACAAGAAAACUGGGCUCAUUAAGGUUGAUCGUAUAUUGUAUUCUUCGGUGGUUUAUCCUCACAACUACGGUUUCAUCCCUCGAACACUUUGUGAAGACAAUGACCCUAUGGAUGUCUUGGUUCUAAUGCAGGAACCAGUUCUUCCAGGUUGCUUUCUUCGAGCUCGAGCUAUAGGACUGAUGCCCAUGAUUGACCAGGGUGAGAAGGAUGAUAAGAUAAUUGCAGUGUGUGCGGAUGAUCCAGAAUAUCGACACUACACUGACAUCAAAGAACUCCCUCCUCACCGUCUACAAGAGAUUAGGCGAUUCUUUGAAGAUUACAAGAAGAACGAGAACAAGGAAGUUGCAGUGAAUGACUUUCUCCCUUCCACAGCUGCAUAUGAAGCCAUCCAAUACUCCAUGGAUCUUUAUGCAACCUACAUCUUGCAAAGCUUGAGACGUUAAUGGACACUACGAUUGGAUAUCUAUAGAUUAUCAAAAGCUAAUAUAUAAUGAUUCGUAUUCUUUACUUCAUGAAAUCACUUGGACUAUAUAUUCGUUUGAUGUGCCAAUAGUUGAAUAAAUCUAUCGAGCUAUUGUUUUUUCGUUUUUUAUUUAUUUCAAAUUUGUCUCUUGAUCUUUGCUCUACAGUACAUUUGUGGCGUUGUAUUUCUUGUUUGGCGAAAGUCAUGGACCUCUAUCCUUAGAAGAGGUUCAGAUUUUGUAUUUGCUUUGCCAUGUACAAGUCUUUUUGGCUCAUCAAUUCAGUACUUCGAACCAGAUAGUUAUGGCAUAUAUAUGGCCACAAAAACAACUAUUGUUGUUGGGCCUUGGGCUACAUAUAAAUACUGAUGAUUGUAAAUGCUUUUUUCACAAUAGUGAUUGAGAUUCCAUU